AUGUCGGAGCUGGAUGGCACAACAACUCACCAGCAGUGUAGAGACUUGAGAGCAACAUGUUUGCCUUGGUAUAGGCACACCAGAAGGGGUCCUCGCAAUAUGCUCCGUCAGCCUGUACUUCUACAGCAAAAGGUCGUCUGGGCUUUGUCUCAUCCUCAUCUGAGGGAUUUCAGUAUCAUGGUGCUCAAAAUAUCACGCGCCACGCGGUUGACGGUGGUGGUUGUCAUCUCCUCAGCAUUCUUUGUGGCUGAGAUUUCAGCCCACGACACUGUUCGAAACGUUGCAACAGAUACUGAGAUCAAGCUCCAGGUCUCAGAAGCAGAUGAAUCGCCGAAAGCCCUAUCCUUCGGUUGGCAACGAGCCCAGUUGCUGGGUGCCUUCUUCAAUGGGGUCCUACUCUUCGCGCUCGGGAUCAGUGUUGAGAAUCCUAAGCUCAUGUUCAUAAUGGGAGCCAUCGGACUGACCCUGAACCUUAUCAGCGCCACGUUUCUCCACGAGCAUCACCAUCAUGAUCACGGCCAUGAACCUAGUUCAGGGGCUCUCGAAGAGCUUCCCGUGUCGACGACAGAUGACAUUACAGGACCGGAACGACCAGGAAGUCCUAACCACAAUGAUCACAAACACCUUUCAAAUGGGGCUCAUGCAGCCUCUCACGGACAUGACCUAGGGAUGCUGGGGGUCUUGAUCCAUGUUAUAGGCGAUGCGGCCAAUAACCUUGGAGUGAUGGCAGCGGCCUUGGUCAUAUGGCUCGCUCACUAUGGAGGAAGAUACUAUGCGGAUCCUGGCACAAGCAUGGGAAUAUCCAUUAUGAUAAUGCUGUCUUCUGUUCCACUGGUGCGGCGAUGUGGAAUCAUCCUGCUGGAAAGCGCGCCUAAUGGAGUCGACCUUGAGGAUGUGAAGCAUGAUCUAGAGAAGAUUCCCGGUGUUCUAUCGGUCCACGAGCUACAUAUCUGGCGCCUAAACCAGCACAAGGCGCUCGCAUCGGUUCAUGUAAUGGUGUCCGAUUGCUCAGUACCGAGUUUCCUUAAGUUGAGUAAGACCAUCAACGAAUGUUUCCACGCAUACGGGAUCCAUUCUACCACGAUUCAGCCGGAGAUGGCCCACCCGGAGGCGAUUGCUCUGGGAAGGCCGGCAGUGGAAACAGAACUGAGUUCACAGACUGAAAUGUCUGAGAAGUGUCAGGUGAUAUGCGGGACAUUAUGUGAAGAAUUGACUUGCUGUGGAUAG